UCGGAAAGGCAACCUGUAGUGCCUUGAUUGAUUGCGGAGCGUCUCGCAACUUUAUGAGCCAAGCCUUUAUGGCCCGCGCGUUCGAAGGAAGACGCAACCUACACAAGUUACACUCGCGGACGGCCGCAUGCAAAAGUCAAUUGACCGAUGCGUUGACGGCGUUCGGGCAUACUUUGCGCCACUUGCUUGCGAGCCAGUGUUCUUUGACAUCCUCGACACCAAGUUCGACAUGAUUCUAGGCAUGUCUUGGUUGCGUAGCGCCGAUCAUUCGGUGAACUUUCAUGACCGAACCGUUCACAUCCGUGAUCGGAAUGGAAUGUUAGUCCCAUGUACGGUCGCGACCCCUCACACUUUGAUUGCUUGUCACGUGGUUUCCGUUGCGAGAAUUCGCGACGCUAUAGCUCGGAAUGACGUUGACGAGAUGGGCCUUGUAUUCUUGCAUGCUCUCCCCUCGUCGGACGGACCAGCAGCGUCACCACCGGACCCACGCAUUUCUCACCUCUUGGACGAGUAUGGAGACGUCUUCGAGGCUCCCACCGGAACGGUUCCGGAUCAGCCCAUACGUCACGGGAUCACUCUCAAGUCUGGCGCCGUCCCUCCGCGUGGAUGCAUUUACCGCAUGAGCGAAGAGGAACUCGAGGUGCUUCGCCCAAAACUCGACAACCUCCUUGACAAGGGCUGGAUUCGCCCUAGUUGUUCGCCUUACGGUGCCCCUGUUCUCUUCGUCCGGAAGAAGAACAAAGAUCUACGAUUAUGCAUCGACUAUAGAAAACUUAACGCACAAACCGUAAAGAACGUCGGCCCUCUCCCUCACAUUGAUGAUCUCCUUGAGCGGUUCGGCGGCGCGACGUACUUCUCGAAGUUGGACUUGAAGUCGGGUUACCACCAGAUUGAAAUCCAGCCUCAAGAUCGGUACAAAACCGCGUUCAAGACGCGGCACGGGCACUUUGAGUGGGUUGUCAUGCCAUUUGGCCUCACCAAUGCCCCCGCAACGUUUCAAGCAGCGAUGACGACUGAGUUUCGCGACUUGCUCGAUCGCAGCGUCCUCAUCUACCUUGAUGAUAUCUCGGUUUAUAGUAGGACAUUGGACGAACACCUCGUACACCUUCGCGCUGUUUUGGAUCGUUUGCGACUGGCCAAGUACAAAGCGAAUCUCGACAAGUGCGAGUUCGCCAAGCAAGAGCUCAAGUACUUCAGUCAUAUGUCACGCCAAAAGGCAUUCGUCCCUUAGCGGACAAGAUCCAAGCCAUCGUGGAUUGGCCGGAACCCAGUUGCACGACGGAUGUACGCUCUUUCAUGGGUUUGGCUGGAUAUUAUCAGCGAUUCGUC